UUAUAAAGCGCAUGACGUCAGAGCUGGUACGCAACCGCAGCAGGCGAAAAAGCGACGAUGGUCCUCAUCAGGGAAUACCGUGUCGUCCUGCCCUGCACUGUGGAGGAGUACCAAGUGGGACAGCUGUUCUCCGUGGCCGAAGCCAGCAAGAACGAGACAGGCGGGGGGGAAGGCAUCGAGGUGCUGAAGAACGAGCCCUACGAGAAGGAGGGAGAGAAAGGCCAGUACACACACAAGAUCUACCACCUCAAGAGUAAAGUUCCUGCAUUUGUGAGGAUGAUAGCUCCUGAGGGCUCCUUGGUCUUCCAUGAAAAAGCCUGGAAUGCAUACCCUUACUGCCGAACCAUCGUCACAAAUGAGUACAUGAAAGAUGACUUCUUCAUCAAGAUUGAGACGUGGCACAAACCAGACCUGGGCACGCUGGAGAACGUGCAUAAGCUGGACCCGGCCACUUGGAAGAGUGUAGAGGUGGUGCCCAUCAACAUAGCAGACGGAGAACAAGUCGCCCCAGAAGACUACAAGCAGGAAGAGGACCCAGCUCUGUUCAAGUCAACCAAGACUGGGAGAGGACCCCUCGGACCCAACUGGAAGAAGGAGCUGGCCGUGAAGACGGACUGCCCCAGGAUGUGUGCCUACAAGCUGGUGACGGUCAAGUUCAAGUGGUGGGGUCUUCAGACGAAGGUGGAGAGCUUCAUCCACAAGCAAGAGAAACGCAUCUUCACCAACUUCCACCGGCAGCUGUUUUGCUGGAUCGACAGCUGGGUGGAGCUGACCAUGGAGGACAUCAGGAGGAUGGAGGCGGAGACCCAGAAGGAGCUGGAGGAGAUGCGUCAGAAGGGCUCUGUGCGGGGCACCACGGCCGCAGACGAGUAGCCGCUGCCUCCCUAGGUCUGAGCGAGGCUACCUCCGCAAACACGGCCAAGUCAGAGGAACCAGUGCUGCCAACGACGAAUGACAACGGAAGGAUAAUUCAAAACGCGACAACAACUACGACAAGGAUCACCAUGACGACGAGUGCGACGCAGACUUCCUGGGCGCCCCCCCUACCCCCCCCGGGCGCUCAGGGAAGGGAGGGGGGGGUGCCACCGCCCGCAAAACGAUCACUAAAAACAUCCUCCCUAUCACCACCCCUCCACCAAUCACAGACACCCUAGCCUCAGAGGGAAUUGAUUUGUAGGAAGUGACUCGGGCCUAGCUGAGGGUUAGAGGCAUUUCCGCUGGGCUCCUAUUGGCCGGAUGACUUCACCGUCAGGACCACGAGCAGUUUAGAAGAGCUGGUGUCGUGAUCGAGACGAAUAUUUCAGUGUUUAAUUGGCGUGAUUCCAUCGCGGCAGGUGUUGGACCAAGUAUUUUGUUAUUCCAUUUCUUGAGAGGAAUCUCCCUCAGUUCUAGUCUGUUUUUGCCGAUUUGCUUCUUUUAUUUUUAUUUUCUUGCUUUUUGUGUUCUUUAAUGUCGAUCAUUCCUCUCAAGACAAUGGCCUCCCUGGCCUCCCUCCCCCUCCCCCGCUCCUCCCAGCUGUGUCAGUGUUCACCUCCUCUGCUGUGAACAUCUCUCUCCUCAUUUUCAUGUCUCUUCCUGCCACAGCCGUCAUUAAGAGAUUACUAACACACUUGGCGUCUGUGCCCCUUUGAAAUCUCUCUCUCCCUUUUUUCCCCUCCGUCCUCCCUCCCUCCCCCUCUGUCCUCCCUCCCUCCCUCCCUCCCUCUGUC